GCGCAUGGUGCGCCGUGUAGGUGCAGGUUGUGUCUUUUGUUACCUUCAAACAAAUAUUUUUUUUAAGCUAAUACGAACUGACAGACGUGAGAGAUAAGAUAAAGAAGUGAAAUGAUUAUCUGGGCUUAUUAGUAAAUUAGUGCCGGACUCGUUAGUGAGCAGUGAUAUAAGGUUUACUUACCUCCAUGAAAUACGCGGCUCCAAUCGGUUGUUUAUUUUGUGCAAUAUUUUUUUAACGUAGUGCAAUUUAGUGGUAAAUCUUCAAGAUGACUACCCUGGAGCUUUACACAAAGGGGGCAAAAGUAUGGAUUCCUCAUCCGGAAAAAGUAUGGGAGGCCGCCGAACUCGAAGAAGACUACAAAACAAACAAAACGACGUUACAAAUUACUACAGAAAACAACGAGAAAAAAACCCUCAACAUCAAGUCGGAAAAAGACUUACCUUAUUUACGAAAUCCAUCUAUUUUAAUAGGGGAGAAUGACCUUACCUCACUGUCAUACCUACAUGAACCAGCGGUCUUGUAUAAUUUACAAGUGCGAUUUUGUCAAAAUAGGUAUAUUUAUACCUACUGUGGAAUUGUUUUGGUAGCCAUUAAUCCUUACGAUGAUCUUCCUAUUUAUGAUGUCGACACCAUACAAACUUAUAGAGGUCAAGCGAUGGGUGACCUAGAUCCUCACAUAUUCGCAGUGGCCGAAGAAGCGUACACCAAACUAGAAAGAGAGCAAAGGGACCAAAGCAUAAUAGUAUCUGGUGAAAGUGGGGCUGGUAAAACAGUUUCGGCGAAAUACGCGAUGCGGUACUUUGCCACCGUGGGCGGAAGCGCAACGGAAACCCAAAUCGAAAAAAAAGUACUAGCCAGCAGUCCUAUCAUGGAAGCAAUAGGUAACGCGAAAACGACGAGGAACGAUAACAGUUCAAGGUUUGGAAAGUUCAUCGAGCUUCAAUUCAAUAAGCAAUUUCAUAUUAGUGGAGCGUCGAUGAGAACUUACUUGCUUGAGAAGUCGAGAGUCGUAUUUCAGGCUCCGGAUGAACGAAAUUAUCAUAUUUUCUACCAAUUGUGUUCUGCGAGAGAUCAGCUUCCUGAGCUCCAUCUGAGUCAUCAAGAUAAUUUUUAUUAUUUGAAUCAAGGAGAAAGUCCCAGCGUUGAUGGCGUGGAUGAUUUAGAGACCUUCGCAGAGACGGUGAAUGCGUUGCAUCUUCUGGGAUUCAAGAAGUCGGAGCUGAAUGACAUGUUUAAAAUUUUAGCUUCGGUUUUACAUUUAGGCAACAUCAAGUUUGUUGAGUCGAUAAUCUCCACUGAGAACGAACAGGAUCAAGAGGGAUGUUGUGUUCCUGACACAGACAAGCAUUUGAAAAUUUUAGCAGAAUUGCUCCAAAUCGACUUGGAGGAUAUGCGGCAGUGGUUGUGUACACGUAAAAUCGUAUCCAUGAGGGAAGUUUUCCUCAAACCGAUGUCUGUGGAGGACGCUCAAGCAGCGAGGGAUGCGUUAGCCAAGCACAUUUAUGCAGAACUCUUCAACUGGAUCGUGCUGGUGAUUAACAAAGCACUCGAAUCGGACGUUCCUAGAUACAAGUUCAUUGGAGUUCUUGACAUUUACGGGUUCGAAACUUUCGAAAUUAAUUCAUUCGAACAAUUUUGUAUCAAUUACGCCAACGAGAAGCUCCAGCAGCAGUUUAAUUUACAUGUAUUCAAAUUGGAGCAAGAGGAGUACAUCAAGGAGGGGAUUGAGUGGAAAAUGAUCGACUUCUACGACAAUCAGCCGUGCAUCGAUCUCAUCGAAACUAAAUUGGGCAUUUUAGAUUUGCUUGAUGAGGAGUGUAGGAUGCCCAAAGGUACCGACGGUUCCUGGACCGAAAAACUCUACUCAAAAUGCAUCAAAUAUUCCCACUUCGGCAAAGCCCGUUUCGGCACUUCCGCUUUCACCAUCAACCACUUCGCCGACAAAGUCCAAUACGAAAGCAACGGCUUCCUGGAAAAGAACCGAGACACCGUGAUCGAAGAGCAAAUCUCGGUUGUCAAAAAAAGCAAAAACGACUUAGUGCGACGACUCUUCGUCGACGAGUCCCAAAAAUUGGCCGUUCCAGGUGCCAAGCUCAAAAUCGUUGCAGCCAAACCAGCACCUGCCACCCAGAAAACACACAAGAAAACCGUAGGCUCGCAGUUCCGCGACUCCCUCAAUAUGUUAAUGACCACUUUGAACGCCACGACCCCUCAUUACGUACGCUGUAUCAAACCCAACGAUUCUAAAGCGGCGUUUGACUAUAAUCCGAAACGUGCCGUUCAACAGUUGAGGGCAUGCGGGGUGUUGGAGACUAUAAGAAUAUCGGCAGCUGGGUUUCCGAGUCGGUGGACUUAUGUUGACUUCUUCUACAGGUAUAGGGUACUGUGUAAAUUUAAAGAUAUCCACAGGAAUGAUAUGCAGCGAACUUGUCAAAACAUUCUGAAGCAGUAUAUCAAAAACACCGAUAUGUUUCAAUUCGGAAAGACGAAGAUUUUCUUCAGAGCUGGACAAGUAGCUUAUUUGGAGAAGCUACGAUCCGAUAAAUUGAAAGCUUGUUGUAUUAUGAUGCAGAAAACUAUCAGAGCUUUUAUCUGGAGGAAGAAGUACCUCAGGAUUAAGCGCUGUACUAUUAAUAUACAACGGUAUGGAAGAGGAUAUUUGGCUAGGAUUUUGGCACAGAAUUUGAGACGUGAGAGAGCUGCUAAGACUUUGCAGAGAUAUAUUCGUGGAUGGGUGAAACGUGUUCAGUACCGAAGACUACAGAAGUGUAUAUCUGGUAUUCAAAGAUAUGCCAGAGGUUAUUUGGCCAGACUUAGAUACAUGCAGUUACGAUACAACGCUAAAGCUGUUAUAAUACAGAAAUGGGUGAGGGGAUACUUGGCUAGGAAACGCUGCAAAGCCAUCAGAAAGCGAAUUGUUAUUUGUCAAGCAGCAAUCCGGCGAUUUUUGGCUCGAAGACAAUACAAGAAACUUAAAAUUGAAGCCAGGUCCAUCGAACACGUCAAGAAACUCAACAAGGGAUUGGAAAAUAAAAUUAUUAGUCUUCAACAGAGGAUUGAUGAUAUCACUAAGAAUAACUCAGAGUUGGUCAGCUACAAGAAUGAAGCUAACGAAUUGAAGAAUAAGUUAACCACUUUCAAGGCGAUGGAAGUUGAAAUUAAGAACCUAAACGCUCUCUUGAUCGAGAAAAACAAAGUCAUCGGGAAACUAGAAGAAGAGAUUAAACUGGAAAAAGAAGAGAAAAUGGAUCUCAUUCACGAACAAGAAAAGUAUCGCGAGGAAACAGAAAAGCAACAAGAGCUGUGGGACCAGGAGACAACGAAGCUGAGGAAAGAGUUAGACAAUAUCAACGAAAUAGUUAAAAUGAAUCAAGAGGGUGCAGAACAGAAUCUUAAAGUGCGACUAGAAGAAGAAAAAAUGUUGAUUUUGAACGAACAAGACAGUGAUAGACAAGCGUACCAGAAGCUUCUACAAGAGUACCAUUGUUUAGAACAACACUGCGAAGAUUUAGAAAAACAACUAAACAAUCAAAAUCACCAAAACUCCCAUAGAAGAAACGUAAGCGACAUUAGUAGUAUCGAAAGUUUUGUGAUCAACAAUGAUAUUCCGGAAGACCAUGGCUACGGUUCUGUACGAUCCACCACUAGUUCAGGCUCACAAAGAGAAAAGCUCGAAAAUAUUGACUGGAAAUGCGAAGGAACGGUAGAAAGUCAGACUCCUAGUACCAGUAGCAGUGAUACAAAACAUGAAUCCGAAAACAACAAAGUGGAUGUUGGGUUGGUGCUCAAGCUCCAACACAAACUUGCCGAAGUAGAAAGAGAGAAAAUGCGAAUGCAGAAGCGUUUGGAUGAGUUGGAUAUGUCACCACGGACUGAAAAGGCAGAAAACGCAGCACGUGAUUCUAUCAAAAUUUCAGAACUAGAACUAAUUAAUUCUACUCUAAAAGCACAACUAAUGGAGUUGCAGAACAGUAUUAUUGAAGGAACUGGAAGUUCUAAAAUACAUGAGCAGCUGCAGUUGCUUCAAACUGAACUCGAGCGAAAGACUGAAGAAAUUAUACAACUGAAAAGUGUAUUAGCAAAUCAAACUAACAGCAUGAAGUCAAUUGUUAACUCUAAUAAUAGAACGGGGGCAUACAUUAACGAAGACGGAGAGUUAGCUUUAGCCUACGAAACUCAAAAAACCAUCAACAAACAACUAGAAUUAGAGUUACAAGACGAAAAAUCUAAAUAUAAAGCUCACGAAAGAGAGUAUAAACUAGAAAUAGAAAAGUUGAGAGAGGACAACGAACGACAACAACGACUGUUGUCGGCAAACCUAACCAACGCACCUCAGACUCAAAGUGAAGCUUAUAUGCAACACGAAAUUACAAGACUAACGACAGAAAAUCUCGAUUUACACGAUAAGAAUGACGUUUUGGCCGAAAAUGUACGUAAACUGAAGAAACAGAUUAAAUUAAUGGCCAAAAAGCUGAAGGAAGCUGGCUUAGAUCUGGAUGAUACCAUGAACGACAUAGACAACGAACCUGGUAAUAAAGCAGUAGUUAACAAACACGCUAGAGCUUUACCGUCUAUUAGAAAGAAAGAACGUGACUAUUUGGGAAUGUUCUCUUAUACGAGUGGGGAAGAAAAUACGGUAAUGAGGCAGCUAGUAAUUGAAUUAAAACCCAGAACAGCUGUCACAUUACUACCUGGUCUUCCAGCGUAUAUAGUCUUCAUGUGUAUCAGACACACGGAUUACGUCAACGACGAAGACAAAGUGAAAGCACUGCUAUCAGCUUUUACAAACUCGGUGAAGAAAGUUAUUAGAAAACGUCACGACGACUUCGAAACGACAGUUCUUUGGCUGUCCAACACGUUAAGGUUGCUUCAUAAUAUGAAACAGUAUAGUGGAGAUAGAGCUUUCCAGCAGAAAAAUACCGCGAAACAAAAUGAUCAAUGUCUGAGGAAUUUCGAUUUAUCGGAAUAUAGACAAGUAUUAUCAGAUAUUGCGGUUUGGAUCUAUCAAGGACUUAUCAGGAAUUUUGCGGAAAAGGUGCAACCUCUCAUUGUCCCUGCAAUUCUAGAACACGAAGAAAUUCCAGGGAUCAGUGGCAACAAACCUAGUGGAUUUAGAGGAAGAAGUAGUAGUGUAGCCACAAGUCCUGAAGCAAAUCAAAAGCCAACGACUGCGCUUCUGCAAGAGUUGACGAAUCACCACAAAAUCCUUACUUUCUAUGGCGUCGAUCCUGAAGUCAUUUCUCAAAUAUUCAAACAGAUAUUCUACUUUUUGUGUGCAUCGAGUCUGAAUAAUCUUCUUUUAAGGAAAGAAUUGUGUCAUUGGUCUAAAGGCUUCCAAAUUCGGCAUAACUUGUCACACUUUGAAAUGUGGACGCGGGAGAAAAACUUAGAUGAACAAGCUAUUCAAGGUACUUUGCAACCCAUAAUACAAGCAGCGCAUUUGUUGCAAGCUAGGAAAACCGAAGAAGAUGUUGUCAGUGUCUGUGAAAUGUGCAGCUCUCUAACACCUCUCCAGAUUUGUAAAAUACUAAAUCUGUAUACACCGGUAGACGAAUUCGAACAACGGGUUCCAGUUUCGUUUAUUAGAAAAGUGCAAGCUAAACUUCAAGAGAGAACCCCGAAUCAAGAACAACAAGCUUUGUUGAUGGAUGUAAAAUACAACUUCCCAGUACGAUUUCCUUUUAAUCCCUCAGUGAUAUGCUUAGAAGAUAUUGAAAUUCCAGAGAUUUUAAAAUUGCCGCAGUUGGAGAAAAUCUAAACACUAAAUUAUGAGGAGUGUGGCGAGAAAUGAGUUACUAUUGUACAUAUGUAGUAUUAUUCUUGUGCAAAUAUGUAAAUUUUGACACUUCCAUUAAUUUUUAGACUAAUUUUAAAAGCAUAGAAACGUUUAUAAAGCAAAACUUUGCAGUGACAUUCUAAAUAAAUAAAUACUGUUUUAUGCAGACGCUAAAUGUAGGAAAACAUACUUAUUACUCUUAUUUGUGUAUAAAACGAAGAAUAUUUUUUAGGAAAAUUCCUUAUUAUAUUGUGAUUAUUGUUACUGUGCCUCUUUUUUUGAGCAUAUUAUUUAUUUAUUGAUUUUUGUACAUAUUUCUUAUUUUUUGUAAAUCAGUGCCAUUUUUGGAAAUUAUAACCAGUGUUAUAGUAUUGUAGGAAUUAAGUCAAUUUAACAAUAUGACUCGUUCAAUGUCCAUCUAUUUUAAACGCACACUCAGUGGAGGACGACCAUUGUGCAUAUACAUCACAGAAACAUUUCUAGCUAAAACUAGCAGCAAUUUGAUGUGGAUGUUUAUAAAUUUAAUUUCAAAUGUAAUGGUUUGUAUUAGGCAUUGAUUAAAAAAAUGUAUGCUGUAAUUAUAGAGCAAUAGUGCAAGCGAACGAUUGGCAGAAAACAAAAUGUGAUUAAUUGCAUUGCUAGUAAUUCGAUUCUAUUUUUAUUAGAGACAUAUCUUUUUAGUACAAUCGUCUUUAAGUGCUUUAUCAUGUGCUGAGGCCAUCGCUUCUACAAUUUUAUAUACAAUAAGUCUCCGAAUUUAUAAUGGUCCACUGUUUAAGAUACUUAAAAUAUAGAAAAAUGUCUAUUUUAUUGCACUUAGACAAUAACAUAUUUUCCAGAAAUGUAAUCCAGUCUAACCUUAUAUAAAAUUGUAGCAGAAUUUAGAAUAGUUACCUGUCCUAAAAGAGUAUUAUAAAUUCUCGUUAAUGUUAAAAAUUAGCAAAUUGUUAUUGAUUGGUGAUAUUUUAUUGUCAGUUGAAAGAAUGUUUCAAAGUUUAAUUUAAAACAUACUUAGAUUAUAGCGAAGAAUGUGUGAGGUGAAAAAUGAAAUAGACGCUCAUAAUAGCAGA